AUGGACAGCGCCAAGGUCGCCGUGCUCGGCCGGGGCACGGCCGUGCGGCUCCUGCAGCGCUGCGUCGGCGCCACGGGCGCCCUGCGCGUGCGCGUCCGCGACGCGAACGACGUCACGGGCUGGCUGACCUCCAAGAUGCUCGCGCCGCCGGCGCCGCUCGCGACCGCAGCGCUCGUCGCGCGCGCGCGCGCCGAGUUUGUGCCCGGCGUCACCGCCGAGGGCGUGAGCUUCCUGCGGACGCGCGUCGGCGCCGUCGGCGUGCCCGACGCGGAGACGCCCGUGCUCGUCGUGCUCCACGGCACGUCCUACAACGCGGGCGUCUGGAUCCCGACCUUCAAGCGGCUCCACGAGGUCUGGGCGUCGGAAAACCUGAGCUUCGAGGCGUGGAUCGUCGAGUGGGCGGGCCACGGGCGGUCGCGGGCCGUCGCCUGCCCGGACAUCGACGUCGACCGCUACGAGCUGACGCGCGAGGGCCCUUUCGACGUCCAAAGCGUCCUCGGCCACGGCGACGCGGCGCGCGCGGUGAAGGCGGGCCGGCCCGUCUUCGCGGUCGCGCACAGCGUCGGCGCCCAGAUCUGCUGCCACGCGGAGCUCAAGGCGCCGGACAGCGCGCCGGGCACCUUCGGGGGCAUCGUCGUCAUCGAGCCCAUCCUGUUCCCGCCCCUCGACAAGCCGCCGAGCGGCGCGGCGGACGCGUCGGGGUUGAUCAAGGGCACGCUCGUGAAGAAGAAGCACUUCGACGUCCCGUCCGAGGACGGCGUCGUCGACUACCUGACCAAGACGGCCAUGGGCAAGCAGUGGGAGGGCGAGGCCGUCCGGAGCUUCGUCGCGCACGGCGUCGCGCCCGCGGCCGGCGGCGGCUUCGACCUCCGCUGCGACCCCGCCGUCGAGGCGGCCAUCUACGUCAACAGCGGCCGCAGCGCGGGCAGGGCCUACGAGCGGCUCCAGGACAUCGACUGCCCCUGCUUCACGUGCAUCGGCCACGACAGCGCCAUGAACGGCAACGGGUCCUCGCAGGCGCACCGCGACAACGGCAAGCUGGUCGCGUCCCGGUUCAAGCGGGGCCUCGUCGGCGAGCUCGCCGGCCUCGACGCCGAGGCGACGACCUACCUGGGCAACUGCGUCGUGCUCAAGAAGUGCGACCACUACGUGCCCAUGGAGAACAGCGCCUGGUGCGCGUCGUUCGUCGCCGCGGCGCUCGCCAACCCCCAGACGUUGUUGGAGAAGGGCUGCUUCCAGGACGUCAGGCUCUUGCGCUUUGGCCGCGCGCGAGAGCCUUCGCGCCACGCUCUCUCAAAUAUGGAGGGCCGGAGCCGCGACGAGCAGUGGCUGCUCGACGUCGUCACGCGCUGCGGCAUCUCGGCGGCCCGCGCGAGCGACGUCGCGCUGCAGGGCGCCCAGAUGCUGCGGCGCCUCAACAUCAAGGUGCCCGUGGGCCUCUUCAAGAAGGGCGAGUGCUGCCGGCGCGCCGUCGCGCUCGAGCUCGCGAGCCGCGAGGCCGGCGGCGCGAGCCUGCGGCGCGACGCGCUCGUGACGGCCUGCAGCGCGUCGAGCCGCCAGUACGAGGCCGUGCUGCGCCACGCGGAGAACGCGCUGGGACUGGUGGGACCGGCGGAGCGGCCCGCGACCGUCGAGGCGCUCGCGCGGGGCCUCUUCGGCGAGAAGCAGAACACGGCGGCCCUCGCCGCCGACGCGCGGCGCUUCCUCUCGCUCCUGGCGCCGCCCCACGACGCCGCGGCGCUCGCGGCCGCCGUCGGCGCGGCGGCCGCGCGGCGCGGCGCCGACUGCGACCCGCGGCGGCUCCGCGCCGCCUUCUACCGCAUCAGCCCCGCCGACAUCCGCGCCCUCGAGGCCUUCGAGGCCGCGACGGCGCCGCCGGAGCCGGAGGUGAAGCCGUUGUUGGUGCUCCGCGACUACCCGGAUCUGCCGAAGGCGAACCAGCCGGCGGCGAACGACGACGACGAGGACGCGCCGGCGCCGAAGAAGCGCGGGCCCAAGAAGAAGAAGGCGGACGAGGAGGACGCGCCGAAGAAGCGCGGCCCCAAGAAGCAGGCGGCGAACGAGGAGGAGGACGCGGCGCCGAAGAAGCGCGGGCCCAAGAAGAAGGCGGCGAACGAGGAGGAGGACGCGGCGCCGAAGAAGCGCGGCCCCAAGAAGAAGGCGGAGCGCGACGACGACGCGCCGGCGAAGAAGAAGCGGGGCGCGAAGGCGCCGGCCGAGGACGAGGCGCCGCCGGCGAAGAAGCGGGGCCCGCCGAAGAAGCGCGAGGACGCGGCGCCGAAGCCGAAGAAGAAGGCGGCGAAGAAGGCGGCCGUCGAGGAGGAGCCGCUGCCGCCCGUGUCGUCCGACGACGACGCCGCCGCGCCGCCGGCGCCGCAGAAGCGGCAGCGGCGGUCGUCGGGCGCGCCGGGCGCGACGCCCGGCGACGCGGCCGCGGCGGCGGCCGGCGGCCGGCGGUCGAGCCGCCUGCCCAAGGACAAGGCCAGGGUCGCGUUCACGUGCACGGACGACGACCCCGUGCUCGAGAGCCAGGCGCGGCGCGCGCAGCAGCUCAGCAGCGCGGGGCUCCUCGUCGCCGACUCGGCCGCGGACGCGACGGUCGUCGUCGUCGGCCCGCGGCUCCAGGUGAAGACGAGCGUCGCCAUCGCCUUCGCGCGCGGCGUGCCCAUCGUCACGAGCGACUGGCUCGCGCACUGCGCGUCCCACGGCUACGAGGAGCCUUCCGCGGAGUUCGCGUCGAAGGACGCGGCCUUCUCGCGGCGCUACAGCGUGAACCUCCUCGACGACGGCGGCCGCGAGAGUCUCCUGCGCAAGUACGCGGUCCUCGUCAAGCCCGGCUACGUGCUCACGGACAAGCCCCGCUACAAGGUCGCGGCCGAGUGCGCGGGCGCGGUCUGGAUCGCCGCCGCGCCGCGCAAGCCCGAGGGCCGCGCGCUCCUCAUCAUCGACGCCGCCUGCUCCUUCAACGACGCCCACCUCCACGUCCAGCCCAAGGACUUCCUCCUCGCGAUCCUCCGCAACGAGGACCCCGCGAAGCGCGCGCGGCACCGCAUCCGCUCCGACGAGAAGCGUAAGCAGGCGAGCUAG